UAUAUACAUUGUUCUUGGACCAAAACAUGGAGUUUCUUCCUGUAUCCGCAGUCCUUCAAAAGGCAUCAAAACCAGCCAUAGUUGUAGCAUCUGUCCUGAUUCUCCUCACCGUAACGCCAGCUUUGUAUUCUCUCCUCGGCGGCUACUCAAUCUUCCCUUUCGUAAUCACGUCCAAUCCUUUCUUAUUAUCUCUUCCUCCUCCCUCCGACGGUUCUUCUUCUUCUUCUUCUCCCGAUGCUUCACAUGAUCCAUCUCCUUCACAAGGUCCAUCUGAUAAUUCCUCCUCCUCGGUUGAUGAGGAAAAGUGUGAUUAUUUCUCGGGGGAAUGGGUUUCGAACCCAGAAGCACCGUACUACACCAACACAACAUGCUGGGCGAUACACGAGCAUCAGAACUGCAUCAAGUAUGGGAGGCCCGAUACCGAGUUUAUGAAAUGGAGGUGGAAGCCAGAUGGCUGUGAACUCCCUGUCUUCAAUCCUAUUGAGUUCUUGCAGAUUGUUAGUGGAAAGGCAAUGGCUUUUGUCGGGGAUUCCAUUAGCCGGAACCAAGUUCAAUCUCUGUUAUGUCUUCUCUCUCGGGUAGAAUAUCCUCAAGAUAUUUCUCCUACUGCAGAUACAGAUUUCAGGACAUGGAAGUACCCAUCCUAUAACUUCACUGUUCAUGCCCUAUGGUCACCUUUCCUAGUUAGUUCCACUGAAGCUGACCCUUCAGGACCUGACAAAACCGGUCUCUUCAACCUAUACAUUGAUGAGUUCGAUCCAAUAUGGAUGGCUGAGAUUGGUCAGCUCGACUACCUUAUUAUCUCUUCCGGCCACUGGUUUUUCCGACCAGUUAUUUUCUAUGAAAACCGACAACUUGUCGGGUGCCACUAUUGUGGAUUAGCCAACGUAACUGUAUUGCCGUUGGACUACGGUUACAGGAAGGCUUUGAGGACGGUACUCAAAGCCAUUCUUGAUAAUUUUGCGGGUGUGGCAUUUUUUAGGACUUUUUCCCCUCAUCAUUUCGAGGGUGGACCCUGGAACAAAGGAGGAGACUGCAUAAGGACACGGCCUUACAGAAGGAAUGAGACAGUAUUCAGGGAUGAAAAUCUCGAGUUUCACAACAUUCAGCUCGAGGAAUUUAGGGCUGCAGAAGAAGAAGCGGUGAAGAAGGGUUUGAGACUAAGGUUAAUAGACACAACACAGGCAAUGCUAUUGCGGCCGGAUGGGCAUCCUGGAAAAUACGGCCAUCCGCCGAAUGCACAAGUGACCUUGUUCAAGGACUGUGUGCAUUGGUGUUUGCCCGGACCAAUCGACACUUGGAAUGACUUCUUGCUACGAAUGAUGAAGACAGAGAAGUGAAAAGGAAAUGAUGGGAAAGGCAAAAAGCUCUAGCUGGGUUAUGGUGAUAAUGAACUCUGAUGCAAUGUAGCAUCAGAUUUCUGUUUUCUGU